AUGUCAAUGCCAAGGCUGGUUUUUGCUACAUGUAUUUUCUUACUGGCAGCAAUUGCUUUAGCAGCUGAGCCUGUGACCUAUGUCUUUGGUGAUUCAUUGACAGAUGUUGGGAACAAUAAUUUCUUGCAAUAUUCUUUGGCGAAGUGUAAUUAUCCAUGGUAUGGGAUUGACUAUAGUGGUGGCCAGGCUACUGGAAGAUUCAGCAAUGGAAGGACUAUUGGUGAUUUCAUAUCUGCAAAGCUUGGAAUCCCAUCGCCACCAGCUUAUCUUUCAGUGCCUCAAAACGUUGAUGCCCUCCUCAAAGGGGUAAACUAUGCAUCUGGUGGGGCUGGAAUUCUCAAUGAUACAGGACUUUACUUCAUUCAGAGAUUAUCUUUUGAUGAUCAAAUAAACUAUUUCAAGAAAACCAAAGAAGCAAUCACGGUAAAAGUAGGUGAGGCGGUUGCCAACAAGCAUUGUAAUGAAGCCAUGUACUUAAUUGGGAUUGGCAGUAAUGACUACGUCAACAAUUUCUUGCAGCCCUUCUUGGCAGAUGGCCAGCAAUACACUCAUGAUGAGUUCAUAGAGCUCUUAAUCUCAACCUUGGAUCAACAACUUACGACACUCUAUCAGCUGGGAGCACGAAAAAUGGUCUUCAAUGGACUUGGUCCACUAGGUUGUAUUCCUUCACAGAGGGUUAAAUCCAAACGAGGCCAAUGUCUAAAGCAAGUCAAUGAAUGGAUCCAGCAAUUCAACUCCAACGUACAGAAACUAAUCAACAGACUAAACCAUCGUCUUCCAAAUGCAAAACUAAUAUUUGCAGACACCUACCCGUUAGUUCUUGACUUGAUCAAUAACCCAUCUGCUUAUGGUAAUUUAGCAUCUCUCCUGCUUCGGUUAUGUUUUAAGAUUUCAAAUACGUCAUGUUGCAAUGUAGACACAAGUGUUGGAGGGUUAUGCUUGCCGAACUCAAAGUUGUGCAGCAAUCGCCAUGAAUAUGUAUUUUGGGACGCCUUCCAUCCUUCAGAUGCAGCAAAUGCUGUUCUUGCAGACAAAUCUUUCUCUAGUAUUUUCUCAUCAGCUCCUUCAGCAGCACCAGGGCCUUCUCCACAACUUUUCCAAACAUUCAUACCAAAAAAUUAAUAGGAGUUCAUUUUGCAAGUUUAACAACAUAUGCAAUCCAAUCCAAUGAAAUGAUACUGCCAAGUCUUGAGUGUAAGAAUAAUGUAUACUUAUGAGAUAAUGGCAUAUACUAAUUUAAAUGUAAUACCUUUUAUGAUUCUCUUAUUAUAAAUUGUAACGGGAACUACCUAGUCUUACAUGUAGCAAAAAUCAAUAAUGUUACUUAUGAAAUAAUAUCAAAUACAGAUUCUAAUUCUCUUGUUAUGCUCAUUUCUGUUUGCUUUUCAAUAUAGCAAAUAUUGUUCAUAUUAAAAAAAUGAAUUGUUGACUUGAAUAUUAACAUCCAGAAACCAAUAACUCAAUUGGCCUUUUAACAGAUCCACAACAGUUACAAUGAAACAAUUCGGGGAUUAAGCAUUACAUUAGAAUUGGAACUUAAUUAUUUUUAAAUGAGCCGGGGUUGUUUGCUCUCAGUUGAUGGGCACUAAUUUUUCCACAUGAGAAAACUUGAGAUGGGUAAAGGCCCCUUUCAUUUAAGCUGAUCUGCUUCGAGUGCUUGACAAAGCCCUCUCCCAACCUCUAAAAGAAGAGGACAAAACUAGACCUCUUAUUUUAGAAGAAGAAGUCAUCAAGCAAAACCAAGCACAAAAAGCUUAUCUUAAACUCAAAGGAAAGGAGCCUUCAUGCCCCAUCCAGCCUCCCUUCGGUGUGGUUAAAGCAAAACAAUCAUCAUCGAGCAUCCCCAAUAGCAUUCACAUACAUAACCACAGAGAGAACCACAAAACAAAAUGCUUGCAACUCAAUUCAACCUAAAAAAUGGAAAAAGAAAAAGCUCCGAAAUUUGUAACGAAUUCCCUAAUUUCAAGGAGUAACAAUCAGAACAAGACUAAAUAACCCAAAAAAAUACACACCCUAAAAAAAUUUAAAAAAAAAAGAAGAAGUAAAAAACAAAAACAAAAUACUUGCAACUCAAUUUGGAAAAAGCUCCGAGCUUUGCAGUGGAUUCCUUGAUUUUAAGGAAAAAUAAUCAAAUCCCAGAAAAGAAAAACAGAACAGUGUUUGUGAACGAAUAAAUUGUGGAUCCUACGAGAAAUAGCAAGAAUCCAUUGGUAAUGGGAAUAUGCCAGUCCAUAGGAACCGGUCAAUUUUGCAUCUUUUCGUAUUCUCUAUGCCAUAUGGUUAGAGAAAUAGAGAAUCAUAGUGGAUGCACGUUUGUUUAAAUACAAAGAAUCAUGAAUUGAAAA